CUAUCCACCCCCCAGCACAGUACCUGCAGUGACUGUUGCUGGUGUCUAUCUUGUGUUUCUUUUUAGAUUGUGAGCCCUUUGGGGACAGGGAUCCAUCUUAUUUAUUUGUUAUUUCUCUGUGUAAACCGCCCUGAGCCAUUUUUUGGAAGGGCGGUAUGAAAUCGAAUAAAUAAAUAAACAAACAAUAACUUCUUCAUAGCAAAACACACCAUGUUUCUCAAAGCAGGCCUGUUUGCAUUUAUUUCCCAAUAAGCCACCCCGAAAAGCAAGCCAUUUUCUGCCCCAGCUAACUGCACACUUUUUAAAAACAUAAGGGCAAAGUGGGCUGGGUGAUCUCUUUCACUGAGACAGCUACUUUUCCGCGACGCACAUGCAACGUUGUAGCAGUAUAACACAAAGAUAAAACCCGAAAUAAGGCAUUGGAAAUGUGAAUGGCACCUUUCUGUCAGCUCAGGGACUGCAGUGCCACAACACAGGAAGUACGAAAGCACAUUUAGGAGAUCCGUAGUGACCCUGUUGUAGGGUGUAAUCUGGAAAGCGCUCUGGGGAACCAAGUUUGAGAACCCCUGUUUUACUGCACAAGGGAGAUACAUCCAUCACCUGCUAAAUGGAUCCUCCAUGUAUAACAGCAGCAUACCUUUGGAUGUUGAGGACAAAGAAUAGGAGAAGAUUGUUACCCCUAGGCCCUGCUCCUGAGCUUCCCAAAAGGAAAAUACAGAGAUUUCCCACACGCAUGCUGCCACCCAAAACAUACAUGGAAUGUUUUCCCCCAUGAUGUUUCUUUUGAGGGAGUGAAGUAGGCAGUAUGCUGACCGUCAAGCGAAAGGUGAUGAAGCUGAGGAUGGUAGAAGGGGACAGGAGAAGAACCAAUGAGACUCUUUGCUGUACAGGAAGUGAGGUGAGACGGGAGAGGAAAUUGGUGUGGUUGGGGGGCUGCAGUCAAAGCGGAGCUGGCUGAAGCAUGAAGCUGACGACGAGACAGUGAAACACGCAAUGCUGCAUUAAAGGAGGCCAUUUCUGCGGAGAGGGAGGAAGGUGGAGGAGAAGCAGCGCGAAGAUGGAGUCACGCAGCUCUUGGCUCACCCUCCUGCUCUUGGCUACCCAACUCGCAGGCACCGCGAAUGAUCCAGCACAGCAUCUUACUCAGCUGAACAGGAUCCUGGGAGCAUCCGUCUCUUUUCCUGAAAAGCUAUCCUCUGGAAAACCAGUGCACACAAUUUAUUGGUCCCUGAGAACCACCACCAGCAAGUUAUUUCCGUUUGUGCUGGUCAGGAAUGGAACCCUGGAGGCGGUCAGCUCAAGAAUCCGUUUUUGGCAGCGUCUAGAAAUGGUUGAUGAGACCACGCUAAGGAUCAAGAACCUGGAGGUGGAGGACAGUGGAGUAUAUGUAGUUUAUAUGACGGUGUCGCAUCCACCAGUGGUUCAAAGGGCCUUAUUCAACCUCACUGUUUAUGAGCCAGUGCCAGAACCACAGAUCUUCCACCAAGUAGACUCCAAGGCUUCAGAUGGAUGCAACGUGACCCUGCAGUGCCAGGUGCCUGGAAAGCGGGGAUUUAAUGUCUCUUGGAAAAGAGGGGACUCUCUCAGAGAUCUAGAAGAAGAUUUGGACUGGUACCAAGUAUCCAGUCAUGGCCAGAAUCUCAACUUGUUCUGGCGACCAAACUCAUCAGACUCCAUUUUCACGUGCCUAGUCAGCAAUCCUGUCGAUCAGAAUAAUGUCUCUGUCAACUUGCUCAGCAUUUGCUCAAAUAAAGGGGGAGAUGCCCGUCUCUCUUGGAGAAGUCUAAGAGUUCCUAUGAUUGUGGUCGGGCUCUUGGGGCAGAUAGCCGCCAUCGCCUUACUGAACAUCUUGGAAAGAAAAGACCAGAACCAAAUCUGAAUGGUCAUAGCAGGUUGGAGGAGACCACGUGACAUAGGAUGAAGAUUUCCACACCUGGAGAUGUCCAGCAGGCCCGUAAUUCCACUGUUGGAAAAUUAGUUGAUCCUCUAAAUCGGGACUACUCAUAUCAAAUCAAUCUUUAUUCCUGUCUUUGACCAGCAUAAAGUAGGUUACAUAAGAUCGGCAUUAAAACAGGCUAUGUCCGGCACUGAGACUAUAGCGACUAAAAGCUUCACACUGUUAUACAGCUACUGCUAAACUAUGGUCAGCUAAUGGGUGAGACUAUACAGAAGCUUUAAGUGGUUAAAAUCUUGGAAUCUUAAAAUCCUAAAAGCUUGACAUCUUUCAUCUUAAAAUCUGUACAAUUGCAAGUACUAUAGAAUGCUAUAGAACUGUUUAAUGCUAUUGGGAAUGCUGAAGCUGUGUCUGGGCUGCUUAGAUCUUGCGGCCUGUCAGGACCCAAUGAAUUUUACAUGCUGCCGUGCAGAACUUGACAACAUUAUGUGUAGUAACAGGGUUGGAGUCAGAGAGUAGGAGAGAGAUGUAGAAUUGGCUUGCCCAGCCUGGGGACAUGCUUAAUAGUGGGAGGAUGAGGAUGAUAUAAGUGUCCCUGUAAAAUGGGCAAUGGAUGAGUACCGUAUUUUAUGGACUAUAAGAUGCUACGGACUAUAAGACACACCUUAAUUUUAAUCCAGUUUUUCAGAGUUUCAACAUAUUAAACUGUUAUCGAAACUGUACCGAAAAGUCCUGCUAGCUCCAGGAAAGGACUCUCAGCCUUGCUUCAGUUUGUUCUCCUUUCUUCUUGCCUCUUUCAAUUGCUCCUACUCCACUCCUUGUUUUCUCUUCAACCUCGCUUCUCACCCUAUUAAAAAAAAAAACAACCUCUUUUGUUUUAGAGCUUUCCUUCUCCUCACCAGAAUGCACAUACUUGGGGUGGGCAGGCAGGGGUCAUAUGAACUUCCAGAGGAGGGAGUGGCCACCACUUCGGCUCUCCUACUUCUUUGCACUUUCUUUAGCUGAACAUGUUUGCAGAAAGUAAAACAGGAGGGAGAGCUGAUAACGAUGGUGCUGCUGGUGGUGAUGUAAAACUUGUACGAUCGGGGAGGAGGAGGGGGAGGAGGAGGAGUCCACGGCCCAAGCGGCGGAGGGUGAGCUGGAGCGGCAGUCCCCAGGUGGCACGGGGUUAAUAGAAGGUCGCCCCCAACCCCCUCCUUUAGCAUCGGUACAGGCUUUGCCGGGGGAUAGCGCCCCCCCUCAAACCUGUUGGGCAGGCUUACAAGUAUAAGAUGCAGUUACAAGUAUAAGACGCACCUGAAUUUUGGUGGAUAUUUUUCGAGGGAAAAAGUGCAUCUUAUAGUCUAUAAAAUACGGUACAUGCUCUGUUGUUUGCCCAGAAUUGCAGGGGCACAGGGUUUCUUCUUCUGAGAAGCGAGUCUUCCUGUACUUGCCUUCUAGCACCGCUGAGGGGAGGGCGCCACAACGGGCCAGGGUCAAGGCCCUUCUGUGCUUUGGGGCUUCCAGCUGCAUUAGGUAUAAUGUGGGGGAGGCAGUGUAGUUGUCCGGUAGUGUUAGGGGGGCUAGACCCGGUGGCGGGAGGGGGGGUGUAAGCUCCAGAAAGGAGCAGACUUGCAGACUUCAGGACCCAUUUUGGUAGCGUCAAGGCAAAUGGAGAUGUGUGUUUUAGAGAUGUACCCCUGUGAAACUCAUUGCCAUGUGAGUUACUUGCAAAGGGCACGAGAUGCAACGUGAUCAAAGAAGGGGCUUAGUUAAGGCAUAUCCACGCAAACCCAGCGUGCCCCAUAUCAUUCACGGCUAUUUCAUGCCAUUCAGUGCGAAACGGAUACCUGGCCGAAACAAUGGGUUUCCUGAUGACCUUCGCUACCAGAAGACCAGCUCUUCUCCCUUCAACUCCUGUUAUCCCCUUGCACUUUUAUGUUACAUAAAUCAAUAAAUGAAGGGCACUGAGACAGGCCUGCCCCAAUAUCUUACUGCAGAGAUAUUAAAACUUUGGUCCUCAACUGUUGUUCCACUACAACUCCCCUCAUCCCUAGCUUGUAAGGGAUGUAAAAUGGGUACAACUGCAAGGAAGCUUUACAUGGUCUAAAAUCUUACAAUCUUGGAAUCUUAA